CCUGAAAGGGUCAAACAGGGAACAUGCAGCCCCUCCUGAAAGGGAAGGACUGCCAUGUGAAACAUGCGGCCCCUCCUGAAAGGGAAGGACUGCCAUGUGAAACUGGCAAGCAUAAGCUACAGCUUCUUCGUUCCGUGACCAAGAGCAGAACGUGUUCUGUGGAGAGAACACCUUUUGAUCACUGUACUGACCAUAAUCCACAAAGAGCUAAUUAAGUAAUGAUGUAUUGCUGUCAGCUGCAUGAAUGUUAUCUGAUUUAAGUAUUGUAUACUCCUGUAGCUAAAAGAUAUAAAAACCCUGUAACAACAAUAAACUUUGCUUCUUGCGCCACCAGAGCCUAAGCCCGUCUGUCCCAGGUGUCUUGAGCUGCUCUCCGUCAUUUGGUGCCGAAACCCGGGAAUCUCGGACUCCAAUGACAAAGGCGUCGCUUCCUCCCACGAGCCGCGGUUGUAGCCGUCAGCCUUGUCUGGUGAAAAACUUUCUCAUGUAUGCAACCAUCUUUUGCAUUGUUUUAGCGUUAUGGGAACACUGAAAUCAUUAAAAACCAAUAACCGGCCAGCUUAUAUGAAACCUCACCAUGGUGGAUACCGGAGAGAUACGUCCGUCAUGCCGGAAACAAAGAUGGGAAAACUGCGGAGGAAGAUGCAGAGACUGACUCUAACCCAGACGUGGGAAAGAAAGAUGCAAGUGAGAAUACGACUCGUGGCCCUAAUCCUUAGUACCUUUUGGAUCCUACAUCAUGGCUGUAAGGCAGAAACAUAUUGGGCAUUUGUACCCAAUCCUCCUAUCAUUCAAUUCAAUAUUCAGAUAUUCAAUAUUCAGAUGGACACAUAAUAGAGUUCUCUGCGCGUUUUAAUUAUUCUGGAAAGGUUGAUGGUGUGCCUAUAUGUUUUCAGAUGAAUCAAACACAAUCCCUGUGUGAGAAAGUGGUAGUGUAAAAUGACUGGGAUACCAAUGUUUCAACAGGAAUUCAUUGGGCUCUGAAUUUUCUCUAUAUAGAUUUAGCUAAUGAGACAAGAGGUUCUGGAAUGCCUCCCUUAAAUUUUCCUUUAUGUCAAAGCACAAUCACUCCAAAAACAGAAUUUGCACCUUUAUGGAGAGCAUGUCGAGCUAACGAAACGGUGUGCAUUGAUUCCACUAUCUGUGAUUGGAAUAUGAUAGGAAAUCAAGGGCGACCAAUUAAUUUGGUCUCAGGAAUUUGGACAAAAAACAAUCAUACGUUCUAUUCUAAUUUAUGGAAAGCAGUCGCAGCUAUGGAAAAAAUCAAAGCAAAACGAUUAAACUUGACUUGGAUUCAAAUAAAUAAUAAAUGGGCAAUGACUGCAGAGAGUUAUACAACUGAAUUUUAUAUGCGAGCUUGUGUUCCAGAACCUUAUGCCUUUUUAAGCGGACCACUAAAUAUUGUGAAUAGCAUAGUGAGUUGUACCGAUUGUAUAAUCUCUAAUUGUCUUAAUAGUAGCAGUAGUUCCUUCUUGUUAGUAAAGCAACCCGAUUACGUCUAUCUUCCUGUAAAUUUGACACAUUAUUGGUAUGCUGAUAAGGGAAUGGAAAUUCUCCAAGAAACUUCUUUGCAAUUAAUAGAGAGAUCUAAGCGAAUGGUCGGAUUAAUAAUAGCCAGAAUAGCUGCGCUCAUUGCUGCCAUAGCAGUAACUACAGUAGCUUCUAUUUCUUUAACAACUAGUAUUCAGACAGCAGCUUAUGUUAAUGAAUUAUCAAUUAAUGUAUCUAAAGCAUUACAAAAUCAAGCUACAUGGGAUGAAAAGAUUGAACUGCGUCUCAAUUCCUUAAAGGAUACAGUAGACAUCCUGGGAAGACAGUUACAAAUUAUAGCUACUCGUGAAUCUCUCUUGUGUCAUGCAGAAUACCGAGCUAUCUGUGUGACUCCUGUUGAAUACAAUAAUACCAAAUUCUCUUGGAACAAAAUACAAGAUCAUCUUCAAGGCAUAUGGAAUAAUGCGAACACGUCAUUAGAUCUUAGGGAAUUGAGACAGCACAUUCACGAUAUGAUACAAUCGCACCAUGUAGAUCUUUCAGUAGCAACUCAAACUACUACAUUUAUAAGCGCUCUAAAAUCUGCAUUUCCGUCCUUCAAAUCAUUUAGAAAAGGAAUUUAUGGGCUGACAGUCAUUGCCAUAAUAAUAAUCAUAGGAAUUCUUGCUUGUCCAUGCUUGAUGAAAAUGAUAACAAAUAGAUUCCAAAAUUUGCGUAUAAAUCUUAAAAAAUUGGAGAUGGAAAACACAAAAAAUAAACCACCACCACCUCUGGUCUAAUAAAAUAAAAAAGGGUGGAAUGAGGAA